UGAGUAAAUUUCCUUCUCUAGUCAUUCCAGUGCUCUUAAGGGCACUGACCUAUCCAGAGAAGUGUUUUCUUCACUUUGUUCCUUACUUUAGUACAACAUAAACUGGUCUUUAACCCCAAAGCUGGUCUUUAACAAGGAAAUACAACAACGUCAGAAUUUGCACUGAACUGCUUUUCCUGGGCUGGUUUCCCAUUCCAUCUUGGGCAGGAUGAAGUUGUUGGCAAGUACGUGGGCUUUAUGGGUACUCACCCUCUGUUCAGUCCAGGCAGCCAAAGAUAUCUGCAAUGCAAAGCCCAAAGAUAUACCUUUGGAGCCAAUGUGCAUCUACCGCAGCCCGGAUUCUGAAACACAACCAACUGAAAAACCAGAGAAGAAACCAGCUGGCACCAACCCUCGAGUGUGGGAAUUGUCCAAAGCCAACAGCCGCUUCGCCCUCUCGUUUUUCAAGCAGCUUGCCAAGGGAAAGUCCAACGAUGAAAACAUCUUUCUGUCACCAAUAAGUAUCUCAACAGCUUUCGCCAUGACGAAGCUAGGGGCUUGCAACACCACACUGGAGGAGCUCAUGAAAGUGUUUCAGUUCGAUACCAUUAAGGAGAAGACCUCAGACCAGGUCCAUUUCUUCUUCGCCAAGCUGAACUGUCGACUAUACAGCAAAAAGCAUGAGACAACAAAACUGUUCUCUGCAAACCGUUUGUUUGGAGACAAAUCAAUACUUUUUAAUGAGUCCUACCAGGACAUCAGUGAGAUGGUUUAUGGAGCCAAGUUGCUGCCUCUCGAUUUUAAGGGGAAACCGGAGGUUUCAAGGAUGACGAUAAAUGAAUGGAUAGCCAACAAGACUGAGAACCAAAUAAAAGAUACCCUGCCAGAAGGCUCAAUAGACUCCAACACCAUAUUGGUCUUGGUGAACACGGUCUACUUCAAAGGUCAAUGGAAACACAGAUUUGAUAAGGAAAAUACCAUGAAUUCAGACUUUCAUGUUAGCGAGACCCAUAAGUGUCAAGUGACCAUGAUGACCCAAGAGCGUAAUUUCCAGUAUGCCACAAUCUAUAAUGACAAGGUGAUGAUCCUUGAAUUGCCCUACAAUGGGGCUGACAUCACAAUGGUGCUCAUAUUACCUUUUGAAGGUACAACCCUGUCGGAAGUGGUUGAAAACAUGAACCUCAAGAAACUUGAAGGUUGGUUACAAGACAUGAGAGAGACCACAGUGUCUGUGCAGCUUCCUCGUUUUCGUAUCGAGGACAACUUUAGCCUCAAAGAGCAGCUGAUGAAAAUGGGCCUGGAACAUCUUUUCAGUCCAGGAAACGCCAGUCUCCCAGGGAUGGUUGCCGAUGGUGGACACAACUUGUACAUUUCCAACGCCUACCAUAAGGCCUUCCUUGAGGUGAAUGAAGAUGGUAGCAAGGCUGCUGCCGCCACAGCAGUUGUUACUACCGUACGUUCCUUAAGCAUCUACGCAAAGGAUUUUAUUGCGGACCGACCCUUCCUUCUGCUUAUCCGCAAAUCCAGCAUCAAUACCUUGAUCUUCACCGGCCGAGUUGCAAAUCCUUGUGGGAGCAGCUAAUAUGGAUUGGAUAUGAUCCAACAUGACGACGACGGUUAUUAAACGUCCACCCUUUUAACAUGACCGGGCAGCCUUGUUUCUUCAUUAUUGCUUAAAAAUGAACAUUAAAUUUGUCACAAUA